UUUAAGCGAAGCGAAAGUGGCUUUAAAAUUUUGUAUUUUGUUCAUUAAUUUAUUAUUGAAUUUUUAAUUUGUUUUUGUGAAUUGUGCGCAAAUUGGAAUUAAAUUAUUUAUUUAUAUAUUGGAUAGAAAAUGGUAGACAUAAAAACUAAUUCUCCCAUCGUUGGAGAAACUGACUCACAUUAUGAAUCAAGGAUACAAGCGAAUAGUUCUGGUACAGGAACAUCAACGCCAUCAUCCUCUUCUGACUACUUGACAGGGGAAGCAGAUGAUAGCUCCGACAGCAAGGGAACUAUUCCAUUUAGUCUAAAAUCAGUGGAGACUAUGCUUUCAUUAUCCAAGGAUGCUUCUGAGGAAGAUCUUCAAGAAAUGGUACAGAAGUGUAAGUCGAUGGUGCUGGAAAGCGCCGAGUGUUCAGACGAACGUAAAUGGCUUGUGCGACGGUUGAUUGAGUUACGUUUACGCGCACAGGAGUUGCGCGAGACCUCGGAUGAGAAUCUCUUUGAAACUUGUGUGAUUCUUGGGCAUCACUUCGUGCCACAGAAAUAUCAUAUCACUACAUCUGGUCCAGUUUACUGUGAUCACUGCAGCGGAGCAAUCUGGACGAUGUUACAAUCAUGGUAUAUGUGUAGUGAUUGCAAAUUUAGUUGCCAUUGGAAGUGUCUGAGUAAUGUAUGCCGUAUUUGCGUGCAUGUGAUCGCCAGUGAGGCUGGUGGUUACACCCAUACGAAAGACAUUUGUCCAGAGCAAGGCCUUUCAAAACAAAGCUAUCGUUGUGCGGAAUGCAAAGUUAGAAUAACAUUUACUUUCUCAAAAGGAUUAUCACUAUCUUGCUUCGGCAGUUCUUUUAAGCACACAGAAUCGGCAUGGGUGGAGCCGCGACUUUGUGACUAUAGCGGUUUAUAUUACUGUCAGAGAUGCCAUUGGAACACAGCUAUGGUUAUUCCUGCGAGAGUGAUCAGAAACUGGGACAUGGAACCACGCCUGGUGUCUCGUGCCGCGGCGCAACUUCUUAUGCUUUUGGAGGAUCGUUCUGUAUUGCCGUUGGAAGAAUUAAAUCCGAAACUCUUCACUUUGGUCCCAGAUUUGUCGCUUGUAAAGCGAAUGCGAGGAGAAAUGCAGAUGAUGAAGAAAUACUUGGUUCUAUGCUUAGACGCUUGUACUCAAGGAUUACCAUGGAAAAUCGGAUUACGCACACACAUGAUCGAGAAUUCAGGUAACUAUUCCAUCAAGGAUCUUAUCGAUCUGCAGAGUGGCAUUCUUCUGGAUGAGCUUCGGACCGCUUAUGAUACGAUGCAUGCACAUAUUACACAGCAAUGUGAACUCUGUAAAGCAAGGGGACAUUUAUGUGAGAUAUGCGGCAAUGAUGAGAUCAUUUAUCCAUGGGACGCGAGCUCAAUUAUUUGUCCGCAGUGUUCGGCAGUACAUCAUCGCGUUUGUUGGGCUAAACGUAAUCACUGUUGUCCACGUUGCGCGCGUUUGCAAAAACGUCGCGCUUUACAAGGACAAAAUACUGUCGAAGACUGUGAUACAGACGAAACUGCAAAGAACUCCUAAAUAAAAGCAUUAUGAAAUGCUGUGAAACAUCGUAAAAUAUUUUGUAUAAUAUAUUUGCAUAACGAUUUAUACUUUGUACCUGUUAUUUUUUUAAAGCAGUUUAGGCUGUCAUCUUUAUAUAUAUCCGUCACAUUACACACAUAUAUUAAAGGUUGUAUAACAUUUUCUUGCGCUAAUAAGUAAAUUUUGUCUACUUACAAUCUAAUUAUUGAAGUUGUCAAGUUAAUAUCUAUAUUUAUCGCAUCUUUUAAUAAUAAAUA